AUGGAGUCCACAGGUUCCAGUCAUAGUCGUAACGUCUCUAGAUCUUCUCGUCCACGUAGCUCUACAAGAGGGCCUUUAGACGAGCCAGAAGACCCAUUGAGCGUGAUAAGCUCGGUACAAACACAGCGAACGGCGGAUCGCAGUGCCUUCUCUGGGGCAUCGUUUGCAGCUUUGGAUCCGCUGGCGCCCGAUGAAAUACUCCAAGGCUCAGGAAAGGAUCUUUCGUAUCUUCUCCGAUAUGAUGUAUAUCAUUCCUUGUCGCAAGUUGAUAUCCCCCCCGCAUUGCGCUCGGAGUUCAUCGCUCCUGCAUCGGAUGAGUCGCUGUCGCAAACUCUUGGUAGUCUCGAGAAACUGUUAGCUGAGGGUCAUUUUCUGCUAGCGGCCUACCUCUGUGGCACUAUCUUAACGUCCUCUACCAUCUCUCCUACUGAUGCCAAACUGAUAUUUGCUCUGUUCUACACCCGAUUAGCAUGCUUGGAGCUUUCUGGGAAUGCGGUUCUCGCCGCGCAGGAAUCCAAAGCACUUGAGGACCUAAGCUCUUCAUUCUACUACGUGGAGCCAACACUCGAGAAGUCAGAGUCUCUUGACGCCCAUAGCCACCCGAGUUACCCUCGCCAUAUUGUACCAUGGCCCCUUCGUGUUUUAGCUGUCCGAAUGCAAAGUAUCGGGUUUGGUGAUCCACGAAGAGGCAUUGGAGGUCUGUUUGAAAUCGGCCUGGAAGCUAGAAGAGAGAUUUUGCGACCGGAUCUGACCGCAACAGAAAGACAAAUAUGGAAGGACAGAUUGUCAGAUCUUGGUAUUAGGAACGUGAAUGCGCUGGUGGAAAUGGGAGACCUUAAUGCGGCGAGAAGAUCGUUGCACAAUUUGCGAGCAUCAACUACGGAAACUAUAGAAAGCGAACUUAAUACCCUAAGAAAGGUGCUCCUUUUCCUUUUGAUUGGCGACCUCGAUGCUGCAAAAAAUCUGUCCAGCAAAUCAAACGAGGCAGAGGCAAUUUAUACGCCACUUCUCAGUAUGGCCGAGGGCCGAUACGGCGAUGCGGUAUCCGAAUGGAAAGCCGUUUUGGAAAAUGGAUCCAGAAGUCUCGAUGAGGCUAUAGUUUCACAGAACCUGGCAGUGUGCCUGCUAUACACGGGACGAUUAAAUGAAGCCCGGGAAGUUCUAGAAUCCUUGGUGAAAACAAAUCAAUCUUUCUACAGCUUGGUUUUCAACCUGUCGACCAUAUACGAACUCUGUUCGGACAAAGCUGGGAUACUAAAGACCGAGCUUGUAGACACCAUUGCCAAACAGCCAAUUACUGGACAUAUCAACUUGGAUCGUUCGAACGCUGAUUUCAAACUGUGA